CUAAUUUGAGCUCCAAAAUUCAAGACCCUUCCUACUUCUGAACCUUCCAGAACUUCCAGGAGACCCUCUCGGCUCUCACUUUACCCUAUUUUCUCUCUCUCUCUCAACGCAACGCAACACAACAGAGCCGUCAUCUCUCUCUCUCUCUCUCUCUCUCUCUCUACAAUGGCGAAGUACGGCGAAGGAGACAAGCGGUGGAUCGUAGAAGACCGGGCCGACGGAGCCAACGUGCACAACUGGCACUGGGCCGAGACCGACUGCCUCGAGUGGUCCCGCGCCCUCCUCUCCACCCUUCUCUCUGACAAAACCCUAAUCGACGGCGAGGGCAAUCUCGUCAUCAAGACUAAAAAGCUCGACAAGCUCGACGGCGAGGCCUACGUCAACAUCCGCAAGGGAAAAAUCAUCCCCGGCUACGAGAUCAGCCUCUCCCUCUCCUGGGAAGGCGAGGCAAAAGACUCCGACGGAAACACGCUAUUGAAAGCCGAUGGGAUGGUUGAAAUUCCUUAUAUAGCUGACGAAAAUGCUGAUGAGGAUCCUGAAAUUAGGGUUACUGUAAAAGACGAGGGCCCGAUUGGGAAGAGAUUAAAGGAGGCGUUUUUGGCGAAAGGGAAGGGUUUUGUUUUGGAGCAGGUUAGGGCUUACGUGGCGGCGAUGGCGAGGGGCGGGCCGGCGAAGGAGGAGUUGGAGGUUAAGAAGCCGGCGAAGAAGCCGGCUGCUGAGGCGGAGAAUACGGUGGCAACAGCGGUGGCGACGACGACAGUGGUGAAGGAGAAGAAGAAGGAGAAGGAGAAGAGGAAGGAAGGGUUUAAGACGAUUAGUAUGAGCGAGAGGUUUAGUUGUAGGGCGGGGAAUUUGUGGGAGAUAAUGAUGGAUGAGAACAGGUGGAAGGGGUUCACGCAGAGCAAUGCGAGGAUAAGUAAGGAGGUGGGAGGGGAGUUCAGUAUCUUCGACGGGGCGGUGACGGGGAGGAACAUGGAGUUGGUGGAGGGGAAGUUGAUUGUGCAGAAGUGGAGGUUUGGGAACUGGCCUGAUGGGGUUCAAUCCACUGUGCGACUCACCUUUGAAGAGCCUGAACCUGGGGUUACUGUUGUUAAGCUGACGCAAACGGAUGUGCCGGAGGAAGACAGAUAUGGGAAUGCAACUGUGGUGGAGAACACUGAGAGAGGAUGGCGGGAUCUUAUUUUCCUCAAGAUAAGGGCAGUGUUUGGUUUUGGAAUAUGACUUCUCCAGUAUUUAUCUUGUUGGAGUUUUGAAAUCUAUCAAAUUUAUUUUUGAUCCAGCUUUAAGUCAUGGAUUGAAUGUGGUAAUUUGAGUAAUUGAAUCAAUGUUAUGUUUGUCAUUGCCCUUGUAGACUAUGCUUCCAAACUGGGUUUGAAUUUUAUACUUGUUUCUCAGAAUAACCGGUUUCAUGUUCGUAUUUUCAAAAAUCAGUGAAACAUACACAGGCAUGUGCUAUUGAGGUCCGAUUAUGAUUUUAUAGGACCUCUUCUCAUCUUCCUUGAGAAUGUUACUUCAGUAUUCAUGACAAUUUAUGCUUUUCAACUGUA